UACAAAAGUAAUGUAUACUUAUUUGAACUUAUUUAGAGAUGAUGGAUAUGUGUUAUUAUUUAACGAUUCAGUAAAUGCGGCGAAGUUGGUCCUGGGAUGUGGCAGUCUCCCAGCCUUUCAUCGUGUCAGUAAUGAGGGGGAAGAAUAUUACGUUUUUAAUCUAUUCCAUCCUAGUCUUUGUGGCAUCCGACAGUCUGUAAUGUACACACUCAUUGUUGUAAUUAUUUGUACUUCAGUCCUUACUAUUGGAUAUUGUUUAUCAAGUUGUUUAAUAAAGAAAUGUCUAACUGGACUGUCGUGGUAUGAAUCCAUUCCAUAUAUUGAUACAUUUGAAAAUAUAAAUAGUCGAUUCAAGAAUUACAUUGUUCUUCAUUGUCAUCGACGUCAGACUCGUCUAGCUGAACCGGUUUAUACACGUGUACCGAAUGAUUCACCAGAGCAUUCCGACAGUAAUAAUGAUAAAAAGUUUGGAUCAGUCUAUGAUGAUUUAACAGAACAAAAACAACAGCUGUUGUCAUCUAACACAGAUGAAUCCUUAGAUGAUGAUGUAUUAUUAUCUAUUUAA